AUGGGAGCGGAUGGAGGAACUAUUCCGAAACGGUGUGAGCUUGUGAAGGAAAGAAAGAAAAAGGAAAAGAUUGCAAAACACGUUAAAGAUGCGACAAAAUGGAAAAAUUGUCAAUUAACUCAAUUACCGUUGAGGAAGCCGGUAAUUGCUUGCCGAUUUGGCAAACUUUACAACAAAGAAGAUGUGAUCAACGCGAUUUUGAGCAAGACCAUUGCUAUGUCUCUGGUUGCUGCGCAUAUCAAAGGACCAAAAGACUUUGUCGAGUUGAAACUCGCCGAGAACAAGGAGUACAAGGGAGAAGAUGUUAAGGGCGAUGAAUACAACGAUGUUAAUCAAACUCAAUUCAUGUGCCCAAUCACAAAUACUCCGAUGAACGGCGUCCAAAAUUUUGUUGUGAACUGGCAGUGCGGUUGUGUGUACUCGGAAAAAGCUCAACAAGAAGUCAAAUGUGAUAAUUGUCAUGUUUGUGGCGGACCGUAUGAUCCAGAGAAAAUAGUGGUCCUCAAUCCCGACGAGCAAACAUUAGAGCUGUACAAAGCUCGUUGGGAAACUGAAAAAGCUGCAAAGAAGGCGGCGAAAGAAGCGAAGAAGUCUGGAAAAGUUGAAGUUGAAGCGAAACCUAGCUCAAGUUCAACUAUGACGAAUGUUCUUUCAGGCGAGAAGCUUAACAAAAAGAAGGUAGAAGCAACUAGCGAUGCGAGCAGAAAAAGAAAAGCCGACGUUUCUGAUAUCCAGUCGGAUCCAACAAAAUCUGAUACAUACAAGAAGUUGUUCACAACAUGUGAAGAUGCUAAGAAGAAAACUGAGGGUCAUUGGAUGCUCUCCGUGCCAUUGCGCACCGCGGCAAGAAAUCUCGUUCGAAUUCCGGCCAGAAGUCGGUUGAUAGUGACAUGUCAGACGAGAAACGUUUCAACCGCGGAUGUGUUUCGAGUUUCUGAAACAGCGACUCCCCUAGCUUCGGAUUUGCCACCCAUCCCAACUCCACCACCUCCUCGACGAACAAUUGAAGAAAUGAUUGAGUCUGGCGAAUCAGUUCUCGACGAGCUUGGUCUUUUCUCGUGGUACAAACCUUCGUCGUAUUUCCGUGUCGCUCUUGAAGGGAUUCACAAUUAUUUUGAUCUGCCGUGGUGGCUUACUAUCGUCUCAGCGACGGUUGCUCUUCGAUUAUUGCUCAUUGGGGUUCCGAUUAUGUCGCAAAAGCUUGUCGCCAAGCAGUCAAUGUACAGAAAAGAGCUCAAUGAGUUUCGAGAGCGAAUUGAAGAAGCGAGAAAAGAGAACAAUCAGCUAUUACAACAACAAAUUCUUAUUGAGCAGCGCGAUUUCUUCAAAUCCAAGGAUAUCCGAUUGUUCCGCCAAUUUGGUAUCAUGCUGGCCAAUGGUGCUGUGUUCGCCACACAAUUUUUCGCCAUUAAAAAAAUGGUCGAAGUUAGUUAUCCGGGACUGUCGACCGGCGGAACGCUCUGGUUCACCGAUCUCACUGCCACCGAUCCAUAUUUCGCACUUCCAUUCAUUUCGGCAGCCACAAUGGCUCUUGUGACGAAAGUCGGCAUCGAAAUGGGUACAACGUCGGAUCAAAUGCCGGCGAUGAUGCGCGUUUUCAUGCAAUGGGGACUACCGGUUGUCAUUUUUGGAGUUUCCUCGCAAUUCGCUACGGGACUUUGUGUUUAUUGGACCGCCUCUAACGUGAUGUCUUUGAUCUACGCUGGAGCAUUCCAUGUUCCAGCGAUACGCAAACUUUUCAAUAUUCCAGCCGUUGUUCCAGCACCCGUUGUACCAGGACAAAAAUCGGCGAUAUCACAAGUUUUGAAGAAUUAUAAAGAAAACAAAUCAAUUCCACCAUCAUUGGCUGAUUUACGCCAACGCGACGCGACAAGUUUCAAAAAGGCCGGACGUGGAAAACCGCUUAAUUAA